AUGUUCUCCGACAACGGUCGAAAUUUCGUAGGGGCUGCUAAACAAAUAGAUUUCAAUUUUGAAAAAUACAUUCAAGAAUUUCGGGGUGAAGCAGUAUCAAAAUAUGUUCAUCAACAAUUAUCGUGGCACUUUAUACCAGCUUCAACACCACACAUGGGAGGCCUCUGGGAAGCGAGAGUAAAAAGCGUUAAAACACAUUUUAAAAAGAUAUCAGGUCAGAUCAAAUAUACGUUUGAAGAAUUUUCCACUAUAUUAGCAAGUAUCGAAGCAUGCCUUAACUCCUGUCCUUUAGGACCUUUGCCAGAUAGCCAUGAUGAACCUGUAGCUCUCACUCCUGCCCAUUUUCUUCUAGGCUCCACCAUCAUAACACCCCCAGAACCCGAAGAAAUACAACCAGCUAUUAGUAUUGUAAACCGUUGGCGUAAAAUCAAAGCUAUGUCAGAAGAAUUUUGCCGUCGUUGGAAGGAUGAAUAUUUAAAGCAGUUACACAAAAGAAGCAAAUGGACGUCUCCUCAGGUUGAUAUUAAAGAACAAGAUCUCGUGGUUCUAAAGACUGAAUCCAUAGGCUCCACUGAAUAG